CACACGCACACACACAUAUACAUACCCCGCCCGGCAUAAUUCUAUUUUAACAAUCAAUUCAAUCCAACAAAAUGCAUCCACCACCCUGCGGCUGGACUACCAUUAUACUAGCGGUUGGUUCUUUGGUAUUCUGUGGUCUUGCAGUUCUUGCUGGGGUUGUUGGGCAAAGGCAGGCGAGAGCUAAUAAGGGAGUUAAUGGAUCUGCUUUGGAGGCAUUAAUCUUCCUUGUUGCAUCCGGUGGGUUUAACUUGGGACUACAUUGUCACGUUCGGCACAAAAAUAAACAUGGUGAAGAUGGCACUUCUGAUCAACGACUCUUACAGUGCACUAAAAAUUAUCUAUGUGUGCUGACUGUGAUCACAGGGCUCGCAUUUGUGAUGGGAGUGUUAUGUUUUGGGUACGUACGACUUAAAUCAAGUGGAAUGUCUGAUAACAAAAAGGCUAACUUCCUAAUCGCCGGAACUUGCGGUUCCAUUUUUCAAGCGCUUCUUUUCGUAAGUCAUUGUUUUCAAUGCAAACGCCGCGAAAGCCCAGGCACCGACGGAUUUGGGCAGCCCAUGUGGAGUCGUAAUGUUGGUUGACAUGGCCAAAAAAGAACAAAGGAGAUCGGUAAAAUCCCUAAGAAUACGCAAGUGAUCUGAGAUGUUUGUUUAGUGGUGUAUUUCUACUUGUAUUCGAUUUUAACACAAUUUUCUUAUCUAUUCUUAAUUAAUACGCACCCGCAUGAUGUUCAAUACUUCAAUUAGUUUUCCACCAAUUAUCUAAUUUAGAUUAAUACGUUGUAUCACUUGUUAUACAAAC